AUGCCGCACAAAGUUAUUGUGACCGCAGAAGACUUUAAAGUGGCUUUCAACCCCUUCUGCUGUGUGUAUGGCAUCGGAACGCUCGGGAUGCCUGGUAACUUCCCACGUGCCGGUCCUCUACUUGCUGCAGUCGCCAUGGUCUUCAUGGCUUUUGCCAACGUGUAUGGGGCAGUGGCGAUCUGUCGUGUGAUGCCGAUGGCUCCUCGCUCAGUCAAGACGUACGGUGAUCUUGGCGAAUGGUGUAUGGGUACACCUGGUCGCUACUUGUCUGUCAUCUCGCAGAUGGCUAAUUGUCUUCUAGUGCCGUGCGUGUUCCUCGUCUUGGGUGGAACAUUCUUGGAUGGACUUUUUCCGAAAGCCUUUAGCGCGACGACGUGGAUUAUCCUCAUGGCUCUCUCGUGUGCUCCUGUGUGUCUCGUUCCAACGCUGAAGGAAGGAGCAGCAGCUGCUUUUGCAGGUUGUAUGGGCACCAUCAUCGCUGACGUGAUUGGCGUCGGCAUCGUGCUGCACGGCAUGCGAGGUCACCCAAGUAUUCCCAAGCCCGACCUCAACUUCAAGCAAGUAGCUAGUGCUUUCGGCAAUUUGGCUCUGGCCUAUGGUGCUGGGAUCGUCAUUCCGUCGCUCCAGCGUCAGCACAGCGACCCCUCGCGCAUGCCUUGGGUCGUCGGGAUCACGAUGUUGUUCAUCUCGGUCCUCUUUCUCAUUCUGGCCACCUCGGCGUACUCGGCUGCUGGCUGCCAGAUCUCAGGCAACCUCCUGUACGCGAUCUACCCUGACGAGACGGGCUUGACGACGCUCGCUCUGCGUCAGACUGGCGCAUGCCUUUACAUUGUCGAGCGCAUUGUACUCGGCAUGCACAUACCUGUCGCCUCGAAUGUCGAAAACAACUUGCUCAGCUACGUUGAAGUGUCGACACCUGACGUUGGCGAGCGCUCCGAGAAACACUCACCCACGUCCUGCGUCUCAAAACGCCGCUCGAUCCUUUCGGUGGCUGACAAUGAAAACAUCCAGUUCGAUGACCCGGCGGCUGAGACCUCCGAUUACAGUGGAGCAAAUGUCGCGAAGUACAUUGCACUACGCCUUGCAAUAAUUACGAGCCUUGUGGUCGCGUCGGUGCUCCUAAAGGACCACUUCCACGACGUGGCCGAUUUACCGGAGCGUCUUGCAUCACAGUCAACUCUGUCGUCCUGCCCAUCGUUUUUUGCUGAAAAAGAAAUGGAACGUUUUGCCAAUGUGUGA